CGUUUUAUUUCCAAUGCUUCACUGAACAUGAUCCAUUGUAAACAAUUGUGUAUUAAUUGUUAAAAUAUGACGUUUUUGCAGUUUUUCUAAAUUACGUGCAUUUAUUAGACGAGAUAUAAUCAUGUCUGAUUUAAAGAUAUGUCGAAUUUGCUUACGAAGCGGAGUUAAAGUUUACAAAUACGAUCAAUAUCAAUUGAAAUCUUAUUACGAGGAAGUUUUGGCUUUAAAGGUGUUUGAAGAAGAUCCUCUGCCUCGUUACUUCUGCUACGAAUGCUCAACGAUUCUGCACAAAUUCCACAAGUUCAAGGAAAAAUGCUACAGAGGUCACAAAUCACUCAAGGACUUACUUUGGAAAGGUCCCAUAACAUAUGAAUCAGUAUAUAAAAUAGAUAAAACAAACCUUGGAUCUAAUUUAUCUGUAAAAUGCACGACUGAUAGAAUUAAGAAUUACACAAUAGACAAUAUAAUAGAUGAUGAAUUUGAUGAGAAGGGAGAUAGUUUAGAUUUUGAUGUAUUUAUAGAAGAUUCAAAUGAAAACAGACCAACAACAGUAUUCAUAGAUGUUAAGGAAGAAUGUAUUAAUUUAAAGAAUGAAUUCAAAGAAAGAAGUAGAAGUAUAUCUGAGAAGCCAAACAGAAGAUUAGAUCCAGAAAGUUGGAAGAUCAAUAUUCUGUCAGAAGAAGAGGCUGUGAAGGAAUUUAGAUUAAGGUGUGAAGAUCCCAAAUAUUUGGGAGCAGCUUUUAAAUGUAAGGAGUGCUACAAAGGUUUCUCUAAAGAAGAUAUGUUGAAACGCCACAAGCAAUUGAGACAUAGUCAGGACUUGGGUAUAUUUGAGUGCAAGUUCUGUCGCAUGCGGUUCAAGUGGGAGUGCCACAGACGUAGACACAUCCGCCAGCACUACACCAAGUACGAGUGUCUCAGGUGCCGUCUUGUCUGCCCGCUGGAAAGCACAGCCAUACUGCAUGAGGAAUACCACAGCGGAGUCAAGAAAGAGUGUGUGCACUGCGGACAACAGUUUAGACACGCGUCCACGUACUACACGCACAUGCGCACGCACCGCAGCGAGUUCGUGUGCGCGGCGUGCGGCGCCUCCUUCGUCAGCCCCGCCGGCCUGCGCCAGCACCGCCGCCUCAAGCACGCCGCACAGGAGAGUCCCGAGGAGGAGGAGGAGGAGGAGGAGACGUUCUGCGCGCGCUGCGACAUGCGCUUCGACUCGCGCAAGGCCUACGAAGGACAUUUGUUCCACUCCGCGAUGCACGCGCACGACGUAGAAGAGGGCAAUGAAAGUCAUGACAGCGCCCACAAGAAAGUAUUGGGAAAGAAAAUGCAAGCCAAGAUCAGUAAAGGAUUAAAACGUAGAAAAAGCGAGGAGUUUGCGAUCAUUGCGGAGGGCAAGCGGCGCAGGAAGCUGAAGAGGAAGCGGAGGAAACCAACCACCUGCUAUCAGUGCGGCGCGCAGUUCGAGUCGCAGUCGGCGUGUCUGCGGCACCACCAGGCGCAGCACCCGCGCACCUCCUUCCACCCGCCAUAUCAGUGUGUAUAUUUGCAGACGCACACGGGGGAGAAGCCGUUCCUGUGCCCGCAGCCCGCAUGCGGGAAGCGCUUCACGCAGAGCAACAGCAUGAAGCUGCACUACCGCACCUCGCACCUGCACCAUCCCUAUCCCAAACGAUCAAGAACAAAGAAGAAGAUAGAAAUAAUAGACAAUAUAGAGAUAGAAGAUAGUUCAGAGGAAUCCGACGAUAGUCUGCCGGAAACUGACAUUGUAAACCCUCUGAUAGAAGUCAGUCUGGAACAAGUCAGUCCCAGUCCGGGACAUGUCAGCCCCAGUCCCGGACAAGGUAGCCCCAGUGUGAGGCAGGUGGAUGUCGAGUUGUGUCAGGAGACGGCGCUGGUCAGCAGCAGCCUGGAGCUGGUGCACGAACCUCUGCCCGAGAGACAUCCCGCUGAUGACACAAUACAUUAUUUAACAUUGUCUUAUUUCUGUGUUUUAUUUCUAAUUCCUUUUCCAUUUGUACUAAAGACAGCAAUAACUGGAUAA